AUGGCCCCCGAAUCCGCUUCCGCCAUGGCUGGCCGUGCUCGAAUGCGCACCGAAGAAACCGAACAAGAUCGCAUCACCAGAGAAAACUCAGGCUUCGCCGCAUUUGAAGCAGACAUGCCUAAACUCACCAGCCGAUUCAGCUUCUCCCUCAAGGACAACCUUUCAUCGUAUUUCGGUCGCAAGAACCCUUUCUACAACAACGUCAACCCAGAGACCGACUAUGUGUGGAUCCUGGAUACUACCGCAUAUCAGAAUCGCCUAGGAAGGUGGAAUGCCGAAUUUGUCGCUGCCUAUUUUGUCAAGAACAGUGGCAAGGAUCUCUCCAACAUCGUCGCAUGGGUCAGUGAGAAGAUCGGCCUGGCAGACGACGAGCAAGCCAGGGCAACCGUCGCACAAAGGCUCCAGCCCUUUGCAGACCAGAUCCUUCCCGCACAUGCCGUCCAAAUUGAUCUACUGGGCAUCAACACCAGACUGGGUCCCAGCGGACGCGACGGCAUCAGCUCCGAUGUCUUGGCUAUUCCAGGGAAUGACUACAAGGACGGCCAAGUCAACAAGUUCAAAGCCGUCAACGCCGAUGCGGCGCCAUUCAACGUCACUUUCGCCAAACCCAAGGGCUGGGCUGUCCUUUCCGAUGUGGACGACACAAUCAAGAAGACGCUCACAUCGUCACCCGUCGGUAUUCUGACCACCACCUUCGCAGAAGAGCCAGAGCCCAUCAAGGGCAUGCCAGAACUGUACAGGCACAUUGUACAAAAGCUCGACAACCCACCCUUCUGGUAUCUCUCCGCAUCACCAUACAACCUCUACCCAUUCCUUCGCAAGUUCCGCGAGCAAUACUACCCCAAUGGCACUAUGAUUCUACGCGAUGCUAGCUGGAUGAACCUUGCCGGCUUCCUCGCAAACUUGACCCAAGGCACCGAGGCCUACAAGGUCGAUCGCAUCGAGAAGGUCCACGGAUGGUUCCCCAAACGCAAAUUUAUCCUCAUCGGCGACUCGACCCAAACAGACCCUGAAUCCUACGGUGAAGCCUACCGCAAGUUCGGCAAGAACUGGAUUGGCGCAAUUUACAUUCGUAAAGUCACGGGUGUGGCGGAGAUGGACGAGGGCAGAAAGAACGACCCGGAGCGCUUCGAGAAGGCCUUCAAGGGUGUACCUAAAGAUAUCUGGUACAUCUUCGAGGAUGCGCAGGAGCUUUAUGCGAAGAUUGAUGCUUUGCCUAGGAUUGAUGCGACUCCAUUCUUAUCUAUCCAGCUACUCAAGAUGGCAGCAGGCCCGCUACACCUGCAGGAAGCCGGACCGAUACCUCUAUACGUCCUUCUCGUUCUCGUUGUCGGCAUCUGCUGCUACUUCUUCUUCAUAAGUACCGCCGCAGUACGUCUCUGGUUCUACAAAGGCGCCCUCGGCCCUGCUCCAGAGAAGUUCAUCGUCAUUAGGAACGAGUCCCAGGAAGAAGACCACCAUGCGGCGCCAAUCCACAGCAAACACAGCGAGCCCGGAACGAGCGCUGAAACCCUGCGGAAGCGACGCAUGACCGUCUUCACACACGACUCGUUAUUAGCGCCGACAGAGACCAUAGCACACAGCACCGCGCUCUCCCCCAGAAAUUACUCCACAUCAAUAAAAACAACAGUCAACCUCCAAGACAUCGAAGACGUCGAAGACCUAAGCGAGUUCACAAACCCGCAAACCAGAGCCUAUAUAGCCGAAGAAUGCCGCAUCUCACGCAUGCCAGCCUUCGACGCCGACGACUGCGGAACAGGCGACUACUUCCCAGACAUCCCUCUCACAAACCGGCCCAUCGAGUCCACCACCACCCAUUCCAACCCCCUCACCCUUUCGCAACUAGGCCUCACACCCACACCCCGCAGCAACUGGCUCACCAUCUCCGAACACUAUAUCGAAUACCACGCCGCGCGCACACACCUCCUCGCACGCAACCGCUCUUCGUGCAUUCACGUCACUCCUGAGGGUGAACGAGCGUGCCGCGAGCUGCUGCAAGAAGUCACGUCUUUCCUUGUGGAGAUGUAUCCGAACCAAUUUCCCCUCCCAUCUAUUCUCACACAGCCACUUCCCACCCUCUCCCCCUACGCCUCCACCGGCCCUCUCACCCAUACGCAAACCUUCAUCCAAACCCGGCCUCCCCGCGCCACUCUCGCCUCAACCCUCCACAUCCCGCGCCCCAUGGACUUUUUCGCAGGCCACAUAGCAGAUCUGCAGCCAACUGAGCUCCUCGUGCGUACCGAGACGCAGAUGUAUGCGCGUUUGCCCAAAUCAGGUGCUGUGAUUGUGACGACGCGGACAAGUACCGAGACGCUGAGUGAGAUGAAAGAUAGGAUGUCGAGUCGGGAGAAAGAGGCGUUUUUGAGGGAGUUAGGGGAGUGGGGGCCGGAGGAGGCGAGGCUGAAAGGUAGGGAUCUGUGGAUUGGGGUUGUGGAACGGUAUUUGAAAGGUCAAAAGGCGUUUAGGGACGAUGUGACGGUUUAUAGUAGGUUGUCGGUGAUGUGA